AUGGCUGAAUCGGCCUUCUCUGGAGUUACAUAUCUACUGGUCGGACUGGUCGGGCUUUCAACGAGAAUUGUGUCGAUAUCACUACUCGAUGGUGGUGGUGAAGCACUUCCACUACGUUUGGCGGAGAGAAGCAUGGGUUUUUGGGCAUCUCUUUAUGAUGCCGUAUCGCCAGCUUGCUUGUCAGAACGAGACAUGAGCUUCCGCUUGCUGGGUUUUGAUCCUCCCCGGCGAAAAUCCUUCAAUCUCGAACGCUCUAAGAGAAGUGAUAAGCCUCCAAGUCAGUAUUUUCUAACCUGUGGACAUUCUCCGUUCGAGCAAGGGGAAGCGUCCGCUGACUUUGGGAAGACUACAGCCAUGUUGAAAUGCAGUAUCUUUUUUGGCCAGGCAUUUCCAUGGCACUGGUAUUUGUGGUAUUUUGGUGGUCCGCAGAAGCAUAGUGCGGGACCCACCAAGGCAGUUAUCGAAGGCAGGAAGAAGAAGAGAAGGGCCGAGAAAGCACGCAUAGUAUUUUGGGCAGCCGCGCCGCUGGCAGCUCAGGACAUUGGACCGCGUUGUGGUGGUUUUGGUGCGACUUCCAAAAUCCUGGGGAUGGAAUGA